UUCAGCAUCCCCUUUUUAGAAAGACCGAGUCUCUCCCAGGACAGCUGCUGCGGUCACACCACAAACUUAAAAGCCGCCCUCCUGCCUGGAGCGUGCCUUUCCGCGCCGCCCUCGCCUCCCCAAAGCCCCAGCUGGUGUCUCGCUCUCCGCCUGUGCCCGCGCGGCGCCGGGGGGAGGCAGCAGCGCCCCCUGCCUCCGGGCUUGGCCUCUGCGGCCGCAGCCUCCGAGCUCCGCCAGGGCCGCCGGCGGCUCCGCGGCUCAGCCAGGGCUGCGGCUCAGAGGAAUUCGCGCGGGUGCCCCAGGUCGCCGAGUCGCUCGACCUCAGCCCGCAACCCGGUCCUCGAUCACUGAAAAGGUAUCAGAAGAAGGGAGAGGGAGAGAAGAGUUCACAUCAGAUUAAAUUAACACUGUUUGAAAGAGAACAUUGUUUUCAUCAUGAAUUCUAAUAAAGAUGAGAGACCAAAGACCAGAAGCCAAGAUUUUCACCUUUUUCAUGCUUUGAUGAUGCUAAGCAUGACCAUGCUGUUUCUUCCAGUUAUUGGAACUUCUAAGCAAAAUAUUCCACGACUCAAGCUAACCUACAAAGACUUACUGCUUUCAAACAGCUGUAUUCCCUUUUUGGGUUCAUCAGAAGGACUGGAUUUCCAAACUCUUCUGUUAGAUGAAGAGAGGGGCAAGCUGCUCCUGGGAGCCAAGGACCACAUCUUUCUUCUCAGUCUGGUUGACUUAAACAAAAAUUUUAAGAAGAUUUUUUGGCCUGCCGCAAAAGAACGGGUCGAAUUAUGUAAAUUAGCUGGGAAAGAUGCCAAUACAGAAUGUGCAAAUUUCAUCAGAGUACUUCAACCCUAUAACAAAACUCACAUUUAUGUGUGUGGAACUGGAGCAUUUCAUCCAAUAUGUGGAUAUAUUGAUCUUGGAGUCUACAAGGAGGAAGUUAUAUUCAAACUAGACACACACAAUUUGGAGUCUGGCAGACUGAAAUGUCCUUUUGAUCCUCAGCAGCCUUUUGCUUCAGUAAUGACAGAUGAGUACCUCUACUCUGGAACGGCGUCUGAUUUCCUUGGCAAAGAUACUGCUUUCACACGGUCCCUUGGGCCUACUCAUGACCACCAUUACAUCAGAACUGACAUUUCAGAGCACUACUGGCUCAAUGGAGCAAAAUUUAUUGGAACUUUCCCCAUACCAGACACCUACAAUCCAGACGAUGAUAAAAUAUAUUUCUUCUUUCGUGAAUCAUCUCAAGAAGGCAGUACUUCUGAUAAGACCAUCCUUUCUCGAGUUGGAAGAGUUUGUAAGAACGAUGUAGGGGGACAACGCAGCCUUAUAAACAAAUGGACGACUUUUCUUAAGGCCAGGUUGAUUUGCUCAAUUCCUGGAAGUGACGGGGCAGAUACUUAUUUUGAUGAGCUCCAAGAUAUUUAUUUACUCCCUACAAGAGAUGAAAGAAAUCCUGUAGUAUACGGAGUCUUUACCACAACCAGUUCCAUCUUCAAAGGCUCUGCUGUUUGUGUGUAUAGCAUGGCUGACAUCAGAGCAGUUUUUAAUGGUCCAUAUGCUCAUAAGGAAAGUGCAGACCAUCGUUGGGUGCAGUAUGAUGGACGAAUUCCUUAUCCACGACCUGGUACAUGUCCAAGCAAAACCUAUGACCCACUGAUUAAAUCCACCCGAGAUUUUCCAGAUGAUGUCAUCAGUUUCAUAAAGCGGCACCCAGUGAUGUAUAAGUCAGUAUACCCAGUUGCAGGAGGACCAACAUUCAAGCGAAUCAAUGUGGAUUACAGAUUGACACAGAUAGUGGUGGAUCAUGUUGUUGCAGAAGAUGGCCAGUACGAUGUCAUGUUUCUUGGAACAGACAUUGGAACCCUCCUAAAGGUUGUCAGCAUUUCGAAGGAGAAGUGGAAUAUGGAAGAGGUAGUUCUGGAGGAGUUGCAGAUAUUCAAGCACCCAUCAGUCAUCUUGAACAUGGAGUUGUCUCUAAAGCAGCAACAAUUGUACAUUGGUUCCCGAGAUGGAUUGGUUCAGCUCUCCUUGCACAGAUGCGACACUUACGGGAAAGCUUGUGCAGACUGUUGUCUUGCCAGAGACCCCUACUGUGCCUGGGAUGGAAAUGCAUGCUCUCGGUAUGCACCUACAUCAAAAAGGCGAGCUAGACGCCAAGAUGUAAAGUAUGGGGACCCAAUCACCCAAUGCUGGGACAUAGAAGACAGCACUAGUCAUGAAACUGCUGAUGAAAAGGUGAUAUUUGGCAUUGAAUUUAACUCUACCUUUCUGGAAUGCAUUCCUAAAUCCCAACAAGCAUCUAUUAAGUGGUAUAUCCAGCAGUCAGGUGAUGAACAUAGAGAGGAGUUGAAACCCGAUGAAAGAAUCAUUAAAACGGAAUAUGGGCUACUGAUUCGAAGUCUGCAGAAGAAGGACUCUGGGAUAUAUUACUGCAAAGCACAGGAGCACACUUUCAUCCACACCAUAGUGAAGCUGACUUUGAAUGUCAUUGAGAAUGAACAGAUGGAAAAUACCCAGAGGGCAGAGCAUGAGGAGGGGCAGGUCAAGGAUCUAUUAGCUGAGUCACGGUUGAGGUACAAAGACUACAUCCAAAUCCUUAGCAGCCCAAACUUCAGCCUGGACCAGUACUGUGAACAGAUGUGGCAUAGGGAGAAGCGGAGACAGCGAAACAAGGGCGGCCCAAAGUGGAAGCACAUGCAGGAAAUGAAGAAGAAACGGAAUCGAAGACAUCACAGAGACCUCGAUGAGCCUCCUAGAGCUGUGGCUACGUAGUUUUCUAUUUAAUUUAAAGAAAAGAAUUCUUUGGCUGCAAAAAUACUGUCUUCUGUUUUUUUACAUCACUUAUACUAAUUCUUAAAUGCUUUUCAUGGUGUUUUACUAAGGCACAAGAACAAUUAUCUGGAUAAGACGAUAUAUGGUGAAUAUGGGAUAGCAAGAGCAAAUAAUUCAUCCAAAACAAUUUUCCAACAAUAAAACUUGUAACUACAAAAUUUAAGGAUUAUCCUCAAAAUAGGAUCUUUAUGCCUGUAAAUGAUUUAUGCUUUGAAUUUAUUGUCAUGUAAAUAAUUGAGCUAAGUAAGAAUUAAAUUUGAUAUUGUAUUAAGGUGCUUCAUUCCCAUGCAUGUCCAUUAAGCAUGGAGUUUACCAUUCAGGUGCACUACAUUCUUAUGAACAGAUACAACAUUCCACUCUAGAACUGACCACCUUGUGGUAGGGAAUUGGAGGGAAGACACAAAUUAAGACAGUUCACAUUAUCAACAGGAACUUCCCUAGUGCUCCAUUCACUCUUGGAGCAUGGUGUAGGAAUUCGGAGAGGUGCAUUAUUUCUUUCAGGCCACAGGGGUCAUAUUUAGUGAGCUACCACAUUGAUUUACUGAAGAGCAUUAAUGUUCCUCCCAGGAUUCCUUAUGACUUGUCAGGAGUAACAGGUUCACAGAGAGAAGCUGGCGCUCAGUUCUGUGUUUCCUGAAUAUAUACUUGGUUCUACUAGGGAUAGAAUGCUUAAUAAAUAUUUUAAUAAGAUAUGGGAAUAUAUUUUAAUAAAAUAAGGGCAACAUCAUGGUGUAUAAUGCAUCCUAAUGGGAAAGCAUGCAGAUGGGAUUUGUUAAGCUACACAAGGAAAGAAAGCCAUAAAUUCUGGCUUAAGGGAAAACUCAUAUCCCCAUGAAAAGGAAGAACAAUCACAAAUAAAAUGAGCAAAAUGUAAUAGAACUCUUUUCACUAGAGUAUAAGUAGCUCCCAAUUUGUAAUUCAUCUGUUUUAAAAAUUCUAGAUUAUAGAAAACUGCUAGCAAAAGCCUGAGGAAAAGUAAAUUUUCUAAAGGAUCAUGGGAGGGAUAAGCAUAUUUUAUUUAUAAUCAAUGGUAUUUCAAUAUGCAUCUCUUCUCUUUUUUCUAAAUAUUUAUCAUACUCUACAAUACUUCCAUUUAUUCUCUUUAUUCUCUCUGUUUUAUUGGAUUAUUAGAUCAUAUUUAAGUGAAGAGGAAAAAAUACAGAAAUCAGAGAGGGAAUUGAGUAGACAACAGUGGUGGGGAGCGGGGAUAUAUAUUUGUUGCAUAACAGAACAAGUGCAAAAUUUUGACAACGGAAAGGGUUAAAUUAACUCUUUGACAUCUUUUCUUCACACAACUUUUUUGAAUUUGUGAGUUAAUCUGUUGUAAUUCUAGUAGUAAUAUUUUAGUAAUUUAACAAUAAAUAAGCCUACCACUUGUAAAGAAAACAAACUCAUAACAUUAACAUAAACAUCUUUCCUAUUUUCUUAGCACUUUCAAAUGUUUCCAAUUUGACUUUCUGUCUGAAUAUGUAUGGUGUGUUUCCUGUCUGUUUAAGCGGGACUCACCUUUCCUUCUUCCAACACAAAACCCUUAGCCUUCUUCUGUUUUGCCUUUUCACGCCCUUUAUAGUGUGAAAUGAAAAAUUAGUCACUUCUUCACAUGGAAGGCAGCUUUUCAGAAAACUAACAGAUUUUGCCCGUUUCUCAUGCAUUCUACAUAUCUUGAAAGAAAAGUCUGUGAGAAACCCCUGCAAUUACAGGGCAAGUUAUUACAGUCUGUGGCUCUAUGUUUAGAGCAUUAUCUCAAUCUUACAUUUAUUUUAUUUGCAUUGCUUACCUAUCUCAAAGUAGUCACACUGAUAUAUGAGGUUGAGCAUCCUCUUUUGAUAAUAUACUCAUGAAUAUUUGUAGGUGUUUCACUGCAAGGUAAAGUUAAGAAAUAAUUUUAAUAAAAGUGAACUAGAACAAAUCACUCCUUUAAAAAGUAAUGCAAACGAAUAGUUGUGACAAUAUGAGACUAUUAAUUGAAGAUUAUAACAAGAGUGGUUGUAUUUAUUGAUUUGCUGGUAUACAAUGCUCCAGGAACUCAUAGCAAGCUCAAAGCAAUAAUUGGGAGCAUGUUUGACUCUUAAGAAAAUUCCAAAUAUUUGUGUGUUAAACAGUAAUGAUCAAAUUAUGAAUGACUUUGGAAAAAUUAUUAAUACAUGAAGCUCAAAUGUUAGGAUUGGCUUGUGAAAAUAAAUUGUUUUCAUCCAAAUAUGAACGUCUAAACCAUUCUAAUUUCUUAUUUCUAAUUUUAGUUAUUUGAACAAAAUUUUGUAGAACUUAUUUUAUGCCUAUAUCUAAUAUUCUGGCUGCUUUUAAGUCAAAACUAUUAAGUUAUGAUAAUUACUGAAACUAUAUUAGAAAUAUUAUUAGUAAAAUAAAAUUUCAUAUAGUAAAAACAUAUGAGGGCAAAGAUUUAUGUGUAUUUUUUAAAAUAGAAGAUAUCUAAACUAUGUUUAAUUUUUUAACCUUUUAAUUAUCCAGAACACUUAGAGGAAGAGUAUGAAUAUAUUAAAUCCAUAAACAUCAUAUAUAUUUCCUCAUCACUGAAGAUUUUUACCAAAUUUACUUUAAAAUAAUGAAAAAGAAAAGUAUAGUUAAUGAUUCUAAGAAAUAUGCUUCUAAGAAAUCAACUCUCUAUGGAGAAGGUCUUAAAAUGUCUGUUUAUUCUUGAUUUCAUAUUUUUCUCCCUUGUCCUCAAUACAUAUGUCUUUGACUUCUUUGUGUAUUCUCUCUUGCAUUUCGUUUCAGCUAUUUAUGCUGCUGAAUGGAAUCCUGCCUGUCUGCAUUCAUUUACAUUCAAUUCAUUGGACACGUUAAGAGUUUGUUUAGAAAUAGAUAGUCUAACUAAUUAAUUUAUGUAGAAUCUUUUUCCCCCCAAAAGCUCAAAACACUACACUCACGUUAUUGAAUAAACAUUUUUGAAAAUCAACCAAAUUACUUAAGAAAUGGAGAGUAGUUAUAGAAAAAUUUAGUAAUUUUCAAAAGCCACAACAAUAGUAAAGGAACUGUAAUUCACACAAAGUCUCAUCAUUUCAUUGGCUAAAAUAAUGCUCACUUACAAUAUGCUGGCUACAAAAUGGUCUUACUCUUUAAUUUUGCCUUUGUUCCAUAUUUUGGUUGUUUGUAUGCUAUUAUGUUUUAUUCCUGCUGAAUGUUAUAGAGUCAACUAAGUUAACAAUACUUAGUGCCCGUUUUUCAAUAUUAUCAAAAUUGAAUUUCCAAGGACAACUUGAUAUCAUUCAGAUGUCCACAAAAUAAUAAUAAAAUUAAACAAAAGCAUUUGUUAAACAUUGAUUUUCUUCAAAUUAAAUAUGAGAUAUAUUUCAUAUAUAUCAUAAAUACAAAUGGAAAUCAAAACUGUAAUAGUCUCCCAUUAGAAUGUCACAUUAGUUUUAGACAGCAUGUUAGAAUUGAUUAGCCAUGUUGGGAAUAGAAAAUUUAGGGGGGAAAGAGAUUUUUGAAAUGUUUUUAUAGAAAGAUACACUUUUCUCAUGGUAAAUGAUCACAAUAUUUAAAUAAUUCAGUUUAUAUGUGAGGUUAAAAAAUAAAAUCUAAAAUUCCCAGAUUCUACACAUUGAGAGUACAAAGACAGGAGCACGCACAUGACUUAUACCUCUCAUUUAAAUAUUUUGUAGUAUAAAGUAUUUAUGGAAAGUUUGAGAUAGGAUUUUUGGGAUAGGGCAAAAAUCUGUAAGAAGCCAUAGUUAAUCAUGUAAUUUAAUUCUGUUGUUUGUGAGUGGUUAGCAAUCAAUUCUGAAUUAUAGUUUUGCUAUUUUAAAUGAAAUGUAGUCUUGUAGUAUAAAAUAAUUAAAAUUGUAAAAUGUAUAUUUUGGUUGUAUUAUAAUAAAACGCAAACAUUAGUGUUCUAUGAUUAUAAA